CGGACACAUCCCGACAAGAAACCUCCCACCUUAGAGAAUCUGGUGUCGUUGAUCAACUAGUUGCAAGCGCCCAGUCAAUUCACUGCAAUAUAGCACUUGAGAAAUUACGACAUUGCAGUGUGGCGCGUUCCAAAGUAAACCGAGUACCGACACCUAUGAGCAGUAGGGAUCCCCAGGAGGCCAACAUCGCCGUGGUGGUGAGAGUAAGACCUCGCAACCAGAAAGAAAUCAGGGAAAAUAGUCCGAUAACCGUUACGACCAAUGGCAUCCGCGGGAGAGAAUUGCAUGUGAAAGCGAACCAGGCAGAAGCAGCGACAAAGACCUAUUCCUUUGACAAAGUAUUUGGUCCAGAUGCCGGACAGGACCUUCUAUUUGACGAUGUUGUCGCUCCCAUGCUUAAAGAGGUUUUGAUGGGUUACAACUGUACGAUUUUUGCUUAUGGCCAGACGGGCACAGGCAAAACAUAUACGAUGGAGGGGGAUUUGGCCACAAUACGAGGGGAACAUGCUGGUAUUAUUCCUCGCACCCUAUAUUCACUUUUCAACACACUUGAGUCCGGAGAUGCUGGCGAGUAUUCGGUGCGCGUAUCGUUCAUAGAGCUGUACAACGAAGAAUUGAAGGAUCUUCUCUCUUCGGAGGAGGACUUUCGCAAGCUUCGAAUAUUUGAGGAUUAUAACAAGAAGGGCUCGGUUGUAAUUCAAGGGGUUGAGGAAACUCUCGUGAAAAACGCCGCGGAUGUCAUAGCGGUGCUCCAAAGGGGCUCAAAUAAACGACAGAUUGCUGCCACAAAGAUGAAUGAAGUCUCUAGUCGAUCUCAUUGCAUCUUUUGUAUUACUGUACAUAUCAAGGAAACUACCCCUGAAGGAGAAGAGCUUGUCAAGGUCGGGAAGCUCAACCUCGUGGAUUUGGCUGGAUCUGAAAAUAUUGGUCGAUCCGGCGCCGAGAAUCGCCGAGCUAAAGAAGCGGGGAUGAUCAAUCAGUCACUACUCACUCUCGGGCGGGUCAUCAAUGCACUGGUGGACCGGAGUCCUCAUAUACCAUAUCGGGAGAGCAAACUGACUAGGCUACUACAGGAUUCACUUGGUGGACGAACCAAAACGUGCAUCAUUGCCGCAGUUUCACCCGCCAAAUGCAAUAUUGAGGAGACGAUGUCGACCUUAGAUUAUGCACACCGUGCGAAGAAUAUUCGCAAUAAGCCAGAAGUCAAUCAGAGGAUGACCAAGCGCGCGCUCCUCCGUGAUUAUGAAGAUCAAAUUCAGAGACUGAAAGCCGAUUUAACGGCUACUCAAGCUAAGAAUGGCAUUUAUCUCAGCCAUGAGAACUAUACGGCAAUGAUGGCUGACAAUCAAAGCAACAAAGAGAGAGUUGAAGAACUUUCCAAAAUGAUCUCGGGGAAGGAACAAGACUAUAAACAUCUCAAUCUUCAACUCCAACAAAACCUAGCCUUGCUUAGCAAGACAACCACGGAGCGUGAUUCCACCAUGGCCGAGCUCGAUGUAAAAAGAAAGGAGUUAGAAGAUAGGUUCAAUGAGCUGAGAGCCAUACAGCAAAGCCUUCUAGAGCAGAAGCUGCUUACUGGAGCUCACGCUGACACAGAGAAGCGACUGGACAAAUUGGCAGCAGGAUUGGUCUCAACGUUGAAAUCAAGUAUAUCCGAUGUGGAAGGGUUGCACCAAAAAUUAGAGCGCAAAUCUGCCGUGGAGAACGAAAAUAUGAGACUUUUUCAAGACUUCCAAAAUGGCCUUCUCACCCAAAUGGCCGAAUUGGAUGAUCGACUAGGUCGCUUGAAUGAGGAGGCAAUAACAUUCUGCCAGAAUAUCAGUUCAGAAAUAGGCGAUUACUCUGAACGGCAACGCAAGCGAAUGUCUUCUCAAAAGGACGACCUCCAUGCUUACUUAGAGGGUAUCCUCUCUAAAAGCGAGACCAUGACGUCCGGCCUCAGCGAGCUCGACUCUACUUUGGCCCAGCAGUUGGGGGAAAUAUCUGAGCUGACAAGGUCUCUGAAGCUUGCAAUACUUGAGCGUGAGCGUAAGUCGCGCGAGGUGCACAGCGACUUAUUCAAUUCACACAAGGACUUGGUGAUCCAACAUCAGAAGCAGGUGGGCGAAUGGAAUGCAUCCAUGAAAAAAAAGAUGUCUCAAGUAAUGGACGUGGUCAAAGCCCACAUAGAAACGGAAGCUGCAUACAGCAUGCGCAUGCAGCAGUCCGUAGAGGAGAGUAUGCAGAAAGAGAUUGCCACUCUACGGCUCCAAAAUCAAAAGCUUCAAGAGCAGCUUGCUGACGAGCGGCGGAAGGCGGCAACGGCGGCCGACGGAUUACUUUCUAACAUUGCAAACCUGGUCUCACGCUAUAAAUCGGAGCGCGAAGAAUGCCUGCUAGCAGUUGAAGAAUCAUCCACGCAAGCAAUGAAAAAUCAUGUGCAAGCUUUAGAUUCCUUUAUUGAAGGAACCAAGACUGCCUGUGCAGCGGGUGGAGCCAGUCGGGAUGGGUUCAUGGAUCAGUUGGCGAAUGACAUUACUGACUUUGAGCAGGAAGCGGUGUCCGAAGCUGAGAGUCUGGAUGUGACGGUUAGAGGGUUCCUCGAACAGUGCUCCAUAAUUGAAAGCUCAGUUGAAGAUACCCUAAGUUCAACGACCGCUGCUGUAGUUGACUCCAUGGAAAAGCUCGAGUCCGCGCAUCAAGCAGUACAUACUAUUGCUGAAGAACAACAGGCGAAACAAACGCAGCUUGUUGACGAGCUGCAAGCUGACACCAAGGAUGCCUUCAAUACAAUGCAGGAAUGGAUGGGAGGGUCAGGCGACCAAUUGGCGGAGUACGUAGAUACCUGGGAAGAGAAGCGGAAUGAACAUCUCCGCGCAACAGAAGAACUCCGCUGCGCCAUAGGAGAAAAAGUCCAGCAAGCCCGAAGCGAGAUUGUAUGCAAUAGGCUGGCCGAAGAUGAGCCAACUGGACAAACACCACGCAAAAGGACAUUUAGAUACGCCACCAGCUGGCACAUAACACGAAACCAUGAUGAUAUACUGCGCGAAUACCGGGAAAAUGGUCGGAUGGUUAGCCCAACUACCACCUCACGAUCGUACGAGGAUGCACUGGAAGCGGAUGGCACGAACGCUACAAACAAUAGGGCAGAUGAUGCUCUUUGGGAGGACCGGCAGUAUCCGUGGGACAAGGAAAAUGGGGAAUCAGGGCUAAUCGAGGCCAAAGACAGGGCAGACAUGAAUGUAUUUGGUACGCCAAGGGCAGGAAGUAAACUGCCUCGCACGAAGAGCCGUCUUGGAAACAGAAAGAGCACGAUGGAGUCUCCAUUGAAAGGCAUGGAGAACAUACAGCAGUGAAAGAGAUAUGUUCAUGAUAGAAAGUAUGAACAGGACCCGAAUGGUCAAUAUUUACUAACAUAAAAGAAGGGAUGUAUAUACAUAGUAAUUGCCUCUGAGUUGAACCUUGGCUUAAUUAUC